AUGAAAAUCAAACACUAUCCAGGAAAAGCGGUCAUGGAGGACCCCUGGCUUUCCUUAAACGACAGAACAAUGGAUCUUGUAUAUGCUGCAAACUGGGUCGGCGCAGAGAACCUUAACGAGUAUAAUAGCACCAGUAGUAGCCAAUCUAAUGGUUCCAAAUUUAACUCUAUAUCAAGAAGCAAAUCAUGCCGAGAUGUGGGACGCACCGUUGAUAGAGAUCAAAAUGAUAGUUCAUACGAUUCGGAGCACAAUGGUUAUAAUUAUCCCCCCAAUUUGCCUAGCAGUAACAAUAUAUCUCAAUUAGCUAAAUACCAACAAGACAUUGAAGAAAAAUCUAGAGCAACAAAUAACCUUCUGAUUCAAAAUAAAUUAAAACAUAGCUAUAGUUUUAAAGACAUGCCAAACGGUUACAAACCGUCAACCCUAAGGAGAGUUAAAAGAAGAAAUUUUACAGAAUGGGAUAUAGAUGCUUUUGGAAAUAAUGAGCGACAACCACCUGUUCCGCCACAGCGAAAAGAGUCGCUAAAAUAUGCUCACCGGCAGAGGAAAGUGGAUUCAAAAAAGCCUUGCUAUCCUCUUCCGGACCCAGGUCCUGUACCACCUGACCCAUCUUCAGAAUCCUAUUACGAAUAUUAUUCACGUGUAAGCCAACAGAACAAUGAGACAGAUAGCGAUAAAAUAAAACUAAUUCAUAAAGAUCCAAAAAUAGAACCACCAAAUUAUAAUGGUUCUAUUUCUAAUAACUCGAUUAGGGGAUUUGGUAAUGAUAUGUACCAAAUUAUUAAUUCUAUGGCCACGUUGGAUUUAGCACCGAUUAAGUUCAGAUCCGGUAAACAUAAACACGAUAAGGAUAGUGAUGCGGAAGGUUUUGAUUUAUAUAAGCAUAAUAAUGGAUCUGCAUGCGAACAAAUUCCUCAACACAUAAAGCAACCAAACAAUCAACUGAACGGUUGCGUAGACGAUGCACGACCUAAUUUUCGGUCUAAAUCGUUGAGAAUCAAGAGUGAGAGUAGAGCUCCUUUAAAGGCGUAUCUUGAUACAAUGGAAUAUAACGACAAUGCAUACAAUAACAACGUUACCGUCACUCAACCGAAAAGGAACCUCUCUCCAAGCGAGCAGUUAACGUUAAUGCAGUAUGAAACGUGUAAAGGAAGUCAAAAUCCGCCUCUACCGCCCAUCAGUAACGGUUAUAACUCGGUUAAAUGGGGGAAAGAAAGUGACUAUCGGACUUCAAACGGUGCCAUUAGGCAAAAAUCUGAUAAAUACGGCAAAUUAUAUAACACAGUGCGAGUAAAAAGUGAAGAUAGAUAUGAUAGGUAUAAUGACAUUUUAUCUCUGGGACAGCUCAGAGAAGGUAUAAGUGAGGAACGUGUAAGUGAUAAAGCUAAGAAUGGCGCGUAUCUGCGUAGUGCAAAAAGUUCGUCUAGUGGUUCCGACUCAGACUUUUCGAUACCACGACCUAAACUAAUAGUACCUGUGCAUACUUAUGGAACUCGAAAGAGAAGAACGGGAAAUCUUUGUCAGCGAGAGAGUAACGCGACGGAGUCUUCAUUAGACGCUGGUAUAGUACUCAAUGUCUCGCGUCUCGAAGAACAGUCCAAGGAAAAUCACCAAAAUGGAGAUACAGAGGGCAGAGUGGAGGUUUCGAGGGAGAACAAGUACCUUAGUACAAUGGCGCCUGGAAAGGUAUUUGGUGAACUGGCCAUACUCUACAACUGCAAAAGAACGGCCACCAUAAAAGCAGCUACGGAUUGUAGGCUUUGGGCAAUCGAACGUCAAUGUUUCCAAACUAUUAUGAUGAGGACUGGACUCAUCCGUCAAGCCGAAUACACGGACUUCCUUAAAAGUGUUCCCAUCUUCAAGGAUCUUCCCGAGGACACGCUUAUUAAAAUAUCCGACGUGCUUGAAGAAACACACUACCAAAACGGUGAUUACAUCAUACGACAGGGCGCCAGAGGAGAUACCUUCUUCAUUAUAUCCAAGGGACAAGUCAAGGUAACGCAGAAACAGCCAAAUAGCAAUGAUGAAAAAUUCAUUAGAACUCUCACCAAGGGCGAUUUCUUCGGUGAAAAGGCAUUGCAAGGAGACGAUCUACGAACGGCCAACAUUGUCUGCGACUCACCAGAGGGCACCACGUGUCUUGUCAUUGAUCGGGAGACAUUCAAUCAGCUGAUUUCCACGUUGGACGAAAUUCGCACCAAAUACAAGGACGAAGGCGACGACCGACAGAGGCUCAACGAAGAAUUCGCCAAUCUCCGCUUAUCAGACCUACGUAUCAUCGCCACUCUGGGUAUCGGAGGUUUUGGUCGCGUCGAGCUGGUCCAAAUACAGGGAGACUCGAGCCGUUCGUUCGCCCUGAAGCAGAUGAAGAAAGCCCAGAUCGUUGAAACGAGACAGCAACAGCACAUCAUGUCAGAGAAAGAGAUAAUGUCGGAGAUGAACUGCGAAUUCAUAGUAAAGUUGUACAAGACGUUCAAGGAUCGUAAAUACUUGUAUAUGCUUAUGGAGACUUGCCUUGGGGGAGAGUUGUGGACUAUUUUGAGAGAUAAAGGUCAGUUUGACGAUUCCACUACUAGAUUCUACACAGCUUGCGUCGUUGAAGCGUUCCACUACUUGCAUUCUAGGAAUAUUAUUUACAGGGAUCUCAAGCCAGAGAACUUACUCCUAGACUCCAAAGGCUACGUGAAGCUGGUGGACUUCGGAUUCUCUAAGAAGUUGCAGGCCAGUCGCAAGACUUGGACAUUCUGUGGUACGCCAGAGUACGUAGCCCCUGAAGUCAUCAUGAACAGAGGUCACGAUAUAAGUGCGGAUUACUGGUCUUUGGGUGUCUUGAUGUUCGAGCUUCUAACUGGAUCGCCGCCAUUCACUGGAGCCGAUCCAAUGAAGACGUACAAUAAGAUCCUAAAGGGUAUUGAUGCAGUGGAGUUCCCGAGAUGCAUCACCCGCAACGCUGCUAACCUCAUCAAGAAACUCUGUAGGGACAACCCUGCAGAGAGACUGGGCUACCAGCGAGGCGGCAUUACAGAGAUUCAGAAACACAAAUGGUUCGACGGCUUCAACUGGGAAGGUCUUGCGAUGCGCACGCUUGAGCCACCCAUAAAGCCAACCGUCAAAUCAGCAGUUGACACACACAACUUCGACCAAUACCCACCUGAUGCCGAUGAGCCUCCACCCGAUGACCUCUCUGGCUGGGACGCUACUUUCUAA